AUGUUUCGACGAAAACUCAAAGCUCUUGGAUAUCAUAAUCCUGAAGCCUUUGAUGUUAAUAGUAAGUACCUUCUUAUUUGGAAGUUGAAUUGUUGAUAAUAUUAAUUAUGUUAUUUGGAAAUUGAUCAAAAGCUUUAUUUUCUCCUUUAGUUUUACGUAUUGAUUUCCCCUAUUUAACGUUAAACAUUCAUCCUCAAAGUAAAAGAACUGAGGUAACAGUACUACAAAAAAAGUAAAUAAAUAAACAAAAUAAUGGGAAGGAAGAGACAGGCACGAUGAAGUACAGGUCUGAGGAACAGAUGCAUAUAUUUGUCUGUUAAGUAGUUCAUAUUUAUCAAAAGCUAAACUAGCCUCUUCCUCUUAAGGCCAAUAAUUUGAUUGUUGGCGUAAAAAUACCAAUUACCAGUUAAAAUUACCAAUUACCCCUAGUAGGGGUAGGACCUCUGGCCAGCCAGGGGAAUAUGUCGGGGAAUACAAGGGGAUAAAUUGGAUGGGGAGGGAACAAUUCACUAGAGUGUUCUACGUUUGAAGGAAAGGGAUGGGCUCACAGGGGAGGGAAAAGAAAAAAAAGGAAAACUGUCUCAGAGCGUACACAUGUUUAACAAUGAAGCUGUUCUCAGAUUGAACUAGAAUUUCCUUUCUCUGCUGUAGAUUUAUAUUUAGCUAGUUAUGAGUUAUUUAGAUAUAUAUUUAGUAAGGUCUAGAAGCAGAGCUCUGGGUAAUAUACUUAUAAUUUACUCACACAAAAAAGAUAAAAUUAUGCAAUGCUAAGCAGUGACGGCAAAAAAAUGGUGAUAAAAUCAAUAGGUCUAAUAAGCAAAAAGAAAAAAAAAAACUUUGCACGCACAACACACUUUUUUUUUCUACAUUUCUUUGAUGUUGUACUGCACGACUACUACGUGAAACUUUCUAGUUAGACAUCUUAUGUGGGAAGUGUGUUUUUCACUGCCAUUCCUUUUUACCUACACUUAGCUGGCUGCUACAACCCCGGACAAAACCUGUUGAGACAAAUCGCGAAAAUGCCUAUUUUUUCCUGUCAUCCCGGCAAAAACUGAAACCGCCGCCAAAUGAAUGCCCGAUUUCCCCCCUCCCCUUAUCCAAAGUUGUUUAGGAUAGCAUGGCAAUUAUACACGUUGGUUUUUAGACCAAGGCAACUUUGAAUAGGGGGUGGGGAGGGGGUUUACUUUUUGUGUUAAGGGGAGACGGGAGUAGGGCGCAAAAGUUAGAAAACAGAUGGAAUUGUCUCAACAGUUUUGUCCGGGGUUGUAGCAUUCCUCAUUUCUUACCACCAGUUUUCAUGUUUUUCUUCCAACAAAAUUUGUCUCCGUUGUUUUUUAUCUAACAUGUUAGUUCUUUCUCUCUUAUCCACAUCAUUAAAGACAUUUAAGAUUUAGUUGGACUUGACUUUUUUGUUGUUUUUUCACUCUAAAAAGUCUGGGGGGCCAUGUGACUUCCCACCAUAAAACCUCAUCGUGCAUUUGGGUUGACAUACCUGUUGAUUGAGUUAUUUUACAUUGGUAUGGUAUGUGGUGCAGACAGCGUGCAUACAGUCACAUGGCUUAAUACCCAAAAUUCUUGGAUGCACAGAUAACCAAGUUUUCUAACCCGUGGUGCUCUGCUGCAUGCUCUCUGUGUGAACAAGAGAGCUCUGCUAUUAAAAUUUAGGGCUGAGAACCAGAGGAAAUUCUGUUCUAAAUUAGUUUGAAUACUGUCUAAAAACUGAACUUCUUGUUUAAUUCCAUUCAGGUGAUGAAGAGGUUCGAAACUUAGUUGUUUGGCUGGAAGAUCAAAGAAUAAGGUUUUACAAAAUUGAGGAGAGAGUAGAGCUACGAAAUGUAAAAAGCAGUGAAUGGUUGAAAACUUUCAGAAAGGUAAGGUUAUGUUGUAGUUAAUUUUUUAUCCCAGGUAAUUUUUACUUUUCUUUUGUUUAAACUUCAUUAGCGGACAUUAACAUACCCACAAACAAAAGAAAAAUAAAAAUUACCCGAGAUAAAAAAUUAACUACAACAUAUAUGUUAAAAUUAUCUUGCCAUUUUUGUCUUGAGCUCCACUUGGUCCAAAGUACAUAGAUAAAAUAAUAUAUUUUUUAGAUGGUUUUUAUAGACACAAACUCUCAAAAUUAUUUACCUUACCAUGGUUAUACAUGCUUGGCACUGCAUCCAUUAAGACAUGUACCUAAUAAACUCUAAGAAUCAGGAGCCAAAACAGAGCAGUGAUGACUUAGAUGGGCGAGGUUCCAAAAAUUGCAAGCUAGCAGAGGUUUUAAAAUCCUAUACUGGUAGUAUAAACAUGAGAUAUAAAUUUGAAAACGUAAAAUUUAUCUCAUCCACUUCUCUUGGUUUUCCUCCUAGUAUUUAGAUGAUCUAAAAUGUCCAGUGGAAUUUUCACAGAAGCCAAGCGUUGUAGACUGGUUACUUGCUCAUGCUGUGAGGGUUGAAUAUGCUGAAAAUGGUUUGUUAUUUCUUUUUUAUUAUUCGUUGUGUUCCUAUUAUGCAUAUUAUAAAGCUAAAUUUAUAUUGAAUUUUUGCAAAGUUAGUUGCAUCAGACAAAUAUAGCAAAAUUUGUCAAGUAUACCUCUGUACCAAAUUUUAUCUGAUAGCUAUUAAUAGAUGCCAUAUAUUUGCCAAAAUUAAAUAUGAUGCAAGUUAACUUAUUUUAGAUUAUUCAUAAUUAGAACUGUUUUGAAGUUUAAUUUGUCUUUUAGUUACCAGUAGUUUGAAUCUGACACUUUUUUUGUUAUUUUAAAAUUGCAUCAUAUAUAGCUGAAAAAUUUAAUAGUGCUGGACAAAAGGACAAAAAAGAACUGGGUGAAGGAGGAACAGUGGAGGGGUCACUUGAUGAGAGCCUUAUUAAUUUAACAGGUUUGUGUCAUCUUGCAUGAUUUUAGUCACAUACUAAAAUUUCUAAUAAAAUAACAAAAUAAUACUAAAAUAAAAUGCACUUUGAAGUUAUUGAAAUACCUCUUGAAGAAAGAGUAUAAGAUUAUAAAACAAGAAUUUUAAAAUUUUUGACAGUUAUUCCAGUGCAAUAUUACCCCAUAGUACAGAACUGCAAGGGAGUCUACUAAUUAUUUUUCAAAAAAAAAAAAGUUCAGUUAUGCGAAAAAGGGAAUCUCUAUUAAUUCUCCAAUCCGUGAUUACCACAUUCACUCAAAAACAUUCAGUACACUUUUAGGGAAUCUUUAAUUAUUCUCCUAUCUGUGAGUACCACAUUCAUUGCAGUGCACAGCACUGGCCUUUUUUUCUUUUUGUUAUAAUUUCUCCAUUAAUUUUAGGGAACAAAAUUACAUCAAGUUUAUGGUAAAUCCUCUAUUAAGCCAGCCAGAGAGCUUAUUUUUUUCAAACAUUUUACAGAGGCAGGCUUAUUUGAGAGGGGAGGGGGGUUUUUUAAUGUAACAAAGAUGAUGGUAUCAGUUCUCCAUAAAAGCAAGAACACCAAGUGGAAAAGCUCAGACAAUUAAGUUGGAGGUCAUACAGUCAAAGAAAAAAAAAACAAAUCUCAAUGAUCUUCCAGCACCUCAGGGGCUUAAAAGAGAGGGGGCUUAACAUAUUUCUUCCCCUGAAAAAGGGGGACAUAUUUAGAGAGGGUGAGGGCUAAAUAGAGGAUUUAGGGUUUGUAAAUACCGGUAGCUUGUCUCUCCGGUUUCCUACUGAGUUUAUUUUCGUACUCCAUGAUAUUCUUCUUAUUACACUUUUUCAAUUUGUAAUUGCAGUAGAGAAUCCAGAUCUGAAGGCUGGAGUUACUUCGCUAUCAAAACUCCUUAGCUUACCAGAACACCCUGAUCACUUUGUUCUGUUACAGGUAAUGUGGGUAAAUAUUUACAAUUGUAUCUCACUUUUUGCUUUUUAUCCUUGUUUUCCAGAGAUAAUAAAUAAUCCUGCAAAUUGUUAAUUGAGGGCCAGGUUGGAAAAACCAGAGUACCUUUAAAAUCUGUUAUAUACAUUUGUAUUAAUGAAAGUAAGGUUCAUUAUUAUUAGCAUGAGUAGAUUGUGCACAGUCCCCUACUAUCUAUUUUUCCACUUCCUCUAUGUUUUAUACUUUUAUUGAUUAUUGUGAUUAAUAAAAUAUGCAAUAAUAAUUGUAUUAUAUCUUUUUUAUGUACAUUGAUUUAAGAUAAAAAAUAUGCAGUUGUAUUAUGUUAAUUUUAUAUCUAUAUUGUAAUGAGUGCAUGAUCAUUUUAUGGAAUGCGCACAAUAGGAGCAAUAAAUUAUUAUUAUUAUUAUUAUCAUCAUUAUUAUUAUUGUUUAGUCAGAGUUCCGAUUUUAUGUACAUUGAUUUUUAUUAAUUGUAAGAUAUUCAAUUGUAUUUAUAUGUUAAUUUUAUUUACAUCCAUAUUGUAAUGAGAGCAUGAUCAUUUUAUGGAAUGUGCACAAUAGAAGUAAUAAUAAUAAUAAUAAUAAUAUUAUUAUUAUUAUUAUUAUUAUUAUUAUCAUUAUUAUUAUUAUUGUUUAGUUGGUGUUCUGUGUCCCUCAAAACAACCACAAGGCUUUGGACAGCACUAAAAGUGUUAAAACAAUAAUGGUGAUGUUCCCGUGAAAGGUUUUAACUCUUUAAGUCCCAAUAGUGACCAACAGCAAUUUUCUCCUAACAAUAUUCUUACAUUGUCUACCCUGCGAGCAGAGGCUACAUUUUUGCGGUGUGAGCUGGCGAAAAUGUAGGCUCUGCUCGCAGGGUAUACAUUGUCAUGAGAUGAGGUUAUGAGAAUUAAGAAAAUUAUCACCUAAGAGGAAAUAAGAAAAUACUUUGAUCUUUUAUCAAAUUCUCUCAACUCAUUCAUUAAGGAAAUGUAUAGAGAUCAGUUUGGAGAAUUUGUAUGUGGAUAUUGGGGCUUAAAGGGUUAAUUUGCAGGUUUGCAGUAACCUGCGUGGCAGGCGUCGAAAGAGGAGGGAAAAGGAGGGAAAGGGAGAGGAGAUUGGGGAGAGAGUAAAACAGACCCCCCCUGUUUCUUUUCCCUUCCUUGCUUUUUUUCCCUCCCCUCCCCUCCCUUUUUUUUUUUUUUUUUGUGCUUGCCAUGCAGUCUAGUUUUGUAGAUGUGACUAAAACUCGUUCAAGUUGAACCAUAACCCUAAUCCUAAAACCUUCAGAUUUUCACCAAUCCAAGAACCUUCAAUGCAACAGCUUUUUUCAUAGAUAAGUUACAUCUCUAAUAAUAUACCAUGCUUUAAUAUCGUUUUUAAUUAUUCUACAGGCUCUCCGCUCGCUUAUUGAAGGCAAACUUUCAUCUGAAGCGAGAAAGACCGAUAAAAAGGUGAGCUGGGUAGCAUUGUUUUGCUACCAAAUAUAACGUGCCUGUAUUAGUUAUCCUUGAUGGCGGUCCAUGUUCCAUAUCCUUUUCAAAGAACCAGGAAGGGUGGUAGAAAAAUAAUUAUGUGUAAUUUUAAGACAUACCGUAGCUAUCAAAGUCGGGUUAGGAGUAUUAAGUUUGAAAGGCAUGGUUAAAAAUAGAUAGCUUAUAUCAGGAAAUAACCUAAGCGAGUAAAUGUAGAAAACUGACCAGCUUGAAAUGGCUUGUAUCCUACGGAAACCGGCUGUCUGUUGCUUAAAGACACCCGUUGUUACAGAAUUUCUUGGUGUAAAAGUGGCCUAGAGUCAUGUGGUAAAUUCAAAUAUGUUCGAAUAAAUACUGAUCUGGGUUUUCAUUCUUAACGACUGCUUUGCUUGCAGGGUAAAAAGGCUGACGUCAUACCACUUAACAAAGUAGACCUAGGAUUUAACACGGGAGGUGUGUAUUUUAAAAUGCUCUCUUUUUUUCCUUUUUGUUUUCUAACAUCAAAAGGAAAAUGCGAUGUGAGAAAAUGGUGAAUUUAUGGUACGAGCUGUGACUGUGCCAGGUUAUAUUGACCUUAAACAGGAGAACUGAGUUUACACCUAGAAAAAAGCACAAUGCAAUUUUCGAAUAUUGCUACUUUUGUUUUGUUUGUUUGUUUUCAUUUAUUGUUGUCAAUCAAGAUCAAUAAAGACAUUGGAGAAUACCGUCAACUGAGGCUGAGCCUUUCAAACUUCGAUUUAUUAUGAUGUUUUGAAGCUUGAUUACUAACCAGUAAUGCAAAACGCAUUUUCAUCAGUACUGCUAUAGCUUGUCUCGAUGCGCUUUUAUAUUUAUUCCGGUUAUAAGUCCCCCACCCUCCUCCCCUCCAUCCGUUUAUAAGCCCUCACAAAACCCCUUAGGAAGAUGUAUAAGCAGGGUUCGCACAGAGUCUUGAAUUCUUGUGAAAGUCUUGAAAUUUGCCCAGCAAUUUUUCGGACCUGGAAAGAGUCUGGAAAAAAUGGUAAAAAGUUUUGAGUGAUUUUGAAAGCCACAACAAGUGCUUUACAUGUGAAUUUUUUUUUUGUGUUGGUCAUAUCGUAUUCAAUCUUGCCUGUACGUUUGCAUCGCUUUGACUGGAAAAAGUUUUGUUCCUGCGUUUUUUUUUUUAUGGUCUCUAUUGAAGAACUAUUUGAUAACCUUGAGUAUUCUGGAAAAAGAAAUUAUUGUUUUGGAAAAAGUCUGCAAAAAAGUCGCAAAUUGUUGAUCAAAAAAUUUGUGCGAACCUUGUAUAAGCUCAGGGCUUAUGAGCCGCAGUUUACGGCACGUCGUUGUAUUUAAUUUUCUCUCCUUGUUUCAGAUUCAGCGGUGAAUGAAGCAGCCAAGAUAAUCCGCUUAUUACAUGUAACGGAUCUAAGAGAACUACAGACGAGGAUUAAUGAGGCGAUAGUAGCCGUCCAAGCGAUAACUGCUAAUCCCAAGACAAAUCAGUCACUUGGACGGGUUGGCGUGUGA